GCGCCGUCGCGUUUGCUGCCUGCGUUCCUCAUCAAGGAUGAUAAGGCGCAUGGAUGCACUCGUCCAGACCUCGUUUCUAAAUGUGAUAAUACUAACAUAAUUUUCUUGUAAGACCCUUAGUCUGAACUCCGUUCCCCCCCCCCCCCCGGUGUGUGUGUGGAUUGUGUUCAUCUUUAACCUGCCUUAACUGUAGCCCCCCGCGUUGCGUUGGCGCUGCGGAAUAGCCUACAAGAACAAGAGCCAGCUCACAGCAGUGGAAACAAGCGAAUCAAUUUAGGGACGAGAAAAGGAGAGAUAGACAGCGAGGUUGGAAAGCUGACGAUCGGGAGACGGGACGAGGAGAGAGAAAACAUCGACCUUACGCCGCAGCCACCGAAACAUUAAGUGAGAAGCAGCAGCCUCUACAGAGACACCACUUUCAAGAGCAAAUCCUUCCCCCAAUUUGAUUUUCAUUUUGAUUAUUGUCAUGGAAACAAAAAAUAUAGGGUUCCCUAAGAUGACAUGCUGAAAAGGGCAAGGUGUGUGAUAGUCAAAGAAGCAUGAGCAAAGUAAAAAGGGAACCUAUUAAUGAUAAAUAGUCUAUAACUACACGUUAUCUUCUCAAUUUUUAAAGUGACUGCUCGAAGGAGAAAAAAACUAAGAGCAUACAAUAUGAACAUUAAGAUAAGCACUUAAAUUACCUUGUCUGGAGGUGACAUAUCAACAUCAUAGCAAUAGGGGUGGGUCAUGACUCAGUUGCCAUGCGUCUUGUCAUGGUGACCAGCCCCUGUGCCCCUUCCCCCAUCCUCUGGUUGGUCCAGCUUUUGUUGUGGUUUCACAACCAUGGACCUCAGCUGACAGAGGCAGCACCACCAUGCCCCACCCCCUGUACCUGCUCCAAUCAGGCGAGUCGUGUCAUCUGUACGAGGAAGAGUUUGGAUCAAGUCCCAGACAGUAUUUCAGAGAACACAAGAUACCUCAAUCUACAGGAGAACACAAUUCAGGUGAUUAAGUCUGACACAUUUAAGCACCUGCGGCAUUUGGAAAUCCUCCAGCUCUCCAAGAACCACAUCCGGCAAAUUGAGGUGGGAGCUUUCAAUGGCCUUCCCAACCUCAACACUCUAGAGCUUUUUGACAACCGUCUCACAGUGGUGCCGUCGCAAGCCUUUGAGUACCUCAGCAAGCUAAGGGAACUAUGGCUACGAAACAACCCCAUCGAGACACUGCCGGCAUUUGCCUUUCACCGUGUUCCCUCUUUACGUCGUCUCGAUCUAGGGGAACUCAGGAAGCUGGAUUUCAUCUCAGAGGCUGCCUUUGAAGGUCUGGUCAACUUACGCUUCUUGAAUCUUGGCAUGUGUGGCUUGAAGGAUAUCCCUAACCUUACGCCACUAGUACGACUAGAGGAGUUGGAGCUGUCAGGGAACCAGCUGGGGAUAGUCAGGCCUGGAUCAUUCCAGGGCCUAGUAUCACUUCGCAAGCUGUGGCUAAUGCACUCAAGAGUGUCAGUUAUUGAACGCAAUGCUUUUGAUGACCUCAAAAAUUUGGAGGAGCUCAACCUCUCCCACAAUUCCCUGCAUUCUCUGCCGCAUGACCUCUUCACCCCUUUGCACCAGUUGGAGAGAGUACAUCUCAACCACAACCCUUGGGUGUGCAACUGUGAUGUUCUGUGGCUCAGCUGGUGGCUGAAAGAAACAGUUCCCAGCAACACCACAUGUUGUGCUCGCUGCCAUGCGCCCCCAGGUCUAAAGGGAAAGUACAUUGGGGAACUAGACCAGAGUCACUUUACCUGCUUUGCCCCAGUGAUUGUUGAGCCACCCACUGACCUCAAUGUCACUGAGGGCAUGGCUGCUGAGCUGAAAUGUCGCACUGGAACCUCGAUGACCUCUGUGAAUUGGUUCACUCCAAAUGGCACUCUGAUGACCCACGGAUCAUACCGAGUUAGGAUCUCAGUACUUCAUGACGGAACGCUGAACUUCACUAACGUGACUGUGCAAGACACUGGGCAAUACACUUGCAUGGUAACCAACUCUGCUGGAAACACCACUGCAACCGCCGUGCUCAAUGUGUCUGCUUCAGACCCCAGCAACAGCUACAGCUAUUUCACCACUGUCACUGUGGAAACAGUAGAGACAGUAAGAGGAGAUGAGGAGAACUCAGCAAGACAGUAUAUUAAUGAGACCUUCAUAGAUUUUCCUAAUCCUACUGUUCAAAGAGGAGUGUUAGAGGGCCGACCUGGCAUCACUAUAUCGCCUUCUCUCUCUUCUCUUUCUUCACUGUCUCCACGACCCAACAGAGCUACUGAAAAUGCAGUGACUGUGUCCAUAAUAGAUGUGACUAACAUUCCAGGCCUGGAUGAUGUAAUGAAAACAACUAAGAUCAUCAUUGGUUGCUUCGUGGCUAUUACUUUUAUGGCAGCUGUAAUGUUGGUGGUCUUCUAUAAGCUUCGGAAGCAGCAUCAGCUACACAAGCACCACGGUCCUGCCAGAGCCAUUGAAAUUGUCAAUGUGGAAGAUGAGAUCGGAGCGGGGGCUGGGAGUGGCAUCUCAGGUGGUUCAACAGUGAAUUCUGGCGUUGGUGGAGAAGGAACCUUAAGAAUACAUCAUCCAGAGAUAGUCAACAUUCCUAGUAUUGGCCGUACAGAUACUCUCAACCAUUACUACAAGACCCAUCAUUUCAACAACAACGUAAUGGGUCUAAGUAUUGGCCCUGAAGGGAUGGGACCGGGAGGGAUCCUCAAUAACAAGAACCAGCAAGGCCAGGAUAUGCCCAUCUCCUGUACAUCAGUCCCAAUCUCUACAUCUAAUUUGCUCUCCUCAUCAGGCAACGGCACCAACACCAACCCUUGUUCUAUGUCUCCAACGCUGCCGAUGUCUCUCCCCGUGCCUACCAUGGGCUUACAUGGAUCGAUCAAAGGUUUCAUGGGCCAAAACCAGAAUCCCCAAAUGGAGCCUCUUCUCUUCAAGGGGAGCUCAAAGGAAAACGUCCAAGAAACUCAAAUCUAAAAACAAAAGCGAGAGUAUAGAGAGAGAGUGAGCAAGACUCGGAGACAGAGAGGGGAUUGAUGUUGGGUUUAUGCGUGGAAUGAUUAGACACUAGAGUGCAUUGACAUUACACCAGGAGAGAGGAUAGACUGACACGGCAAUACACAAACACAUAGACUUAUCCGUGACAGUGUACUGAGCCAAGGAUUACCACAAUGGGCCACUUGUGUUUGUAGUAACGAUCAUGGCCAUGGAGAUCAAGGAAUGGACAUUGCUACAAUGUAAAUCUGUGCCAAAGCAAAUGUUUUUUGCAGUUUCUACAAGCUGUGUUCUCAUAGGGAAAAACUAGCCUUUCAGAGUAAUCAGUCCCCAAAUCGUUGUUGGCCAGCAGAGAUGAAAGACAUGCAUAGCACUCACCACACUGAAGAUCGGAGAUAUUACAGAACAAAAUCCAAGAGACAUUUUUCUUCCACACAAAACACAAGCCACACUCUCUCUCGUGUGACUCAAUAGACUCCCUCAAGGUGACAAUUAUGUAGGCAUAAAUAGAUGGACAAAAAGGUACAGUGCAGUACAAACUACUGUGAAAAAUCCACAAAUUAUAUAAAUAUAUUUUCAUUUAAAUAUGUAUCAUUGCAGACUCCGAUGCAGAGAUAUUUUGGGGUGCAUAAGCUGGUAUAGUUUGUUUCUUUGUGAAUAAUCAGGGGCGGUGAUAGUGGAUGUUGGUUAUGAUACAUGUUUUAAGUUUGGCUACUUCUCAGAAACAUAAGGGCUCAAUUGCAACACUCAUUGUGAAUCUUUGAAUUGGCUUUGUGACAUAAAGUCCAUUUAGGUUGUAGAACAGUAAAUGCUGAUCUCUGUUUGACAGACUUUUUUCUGUUGCUUCAGUAAUAAUCAUAACAAACUUUUGUGUUCUGAGAGUGUAUUAUGUAUUUUGUAAAAGCCAGCUACUUGGUAUUUGAAUUGACAAUUCUGAUACUUAAAUGCCAGCAUCAAACAAUGGUAAAAUGAUGUUCCACAAACACAGAAAGGUGAUCCAAUGCAAAGACCUGUAUGGGUAAAAUUAAGUGUUGACAGUGUGUUAUUUGAAUCAGAUCAGUAGCCAGAUAUUUGCUUUUAGACAGGAACUUGAUAUGACCUCCUUGCUCAUGGUUACCAUAAUCAUGCCAUAAAAUGCUGUCAUAAGGAUGAUUAAACAUCUAACUGCAACAGCAUUUAAGAAGGGAUUAAACAUCCAUCUUAGGAUGAUUGGAAUGAAUGGAAAUGUACAGUAUAUUAAUAAUAAUAAUGUCUGGUUGUAUGACAAUUGUAAGAUCCACAUUUUUACAGUGUAACUUUCAUAUGUUAAAUGCCAUUUACGCUUCUUGCGUUUCAACUAUGUAUUUCUUUAUUUUUGUUAGUUUGAUAUAAUGUGUACAGUUGUCUAGCCAUGUAUCAUUACGUGUGAAAUAAAUCAAUCAUAUAUUGGGUUGUGGCUGGUCAAUAUGGCAACCACAUAAGUAAAGAGUGAGAUAUUAUGUGGGCCUCUGUGCUAAACCUGGAUUGAGUGUAUGGUUUGUGGUUUAGCCAUUAGUCAUCCUGUUAAUGAUAGCCUGUAACAUGUUCAGACAGGCUUUUAGUCACUGUCCUAUAGAUGUUCUACAGACACUACUAGAUUUACAAAAGGACUGUGUUAACAGAAGGAGAUGAUCCUAUUUUUUUGUCUAAAAUCAGCAUCUCACUAUGCUUCUCCCAUGGUGCUUCUUUCAUGCAAUUUUGGAAAGAGGUUGAAAUUGGAAUAAGACUGAGGAAAGACAUACAUUGAGUAAUUUACCUUUUUUGGGUGACAGAUUGUAUUUAUCAAGCAAGAACUUAAAAUGUUUGUUGCAAUUGAGCACAAACUGGACAUGCAGCCAGUUAUUCCACACAAAUGUACCUGAGAUAGUAUUAUCAACAAAUUCAUAUCAACAAGAAUUUUGACUGUAAUGCAGCUCUGUAUCCGAUUUUGCUGUUCUUUUAUAGCUCCUAUAUAUAUCUAUAUAUAUAUACAGGAGCUGUUUUGUGUGAGUGAUAAUGAUGGUUUUUCUUAUCAGCAACAAGCCCAUACUUAUUGGAAGAAAAGGAACACUGAGAGAUAGUAAUAAUGGUGAUGAUAAUAUGAGUGAUGAUAUCAGACAAACCCUUCCCAGAUUGUGCUGUCACAGAGGUUAAUCUAUGAAAGGAACAACUUCUACAUCAGUGCACGCCAACA